AGAGAGAGAGAGAGAGAGAGAGAGAGAGAGAGACAGAGAUAGAGACAGAGGGUGUGGGUGUUUUUUCAAUAGCUAGAGCGUAGAUAUUUGGCAUGAAAUAUCUUCUAUUGGAUGUCUACCAAGUUUAUUCAAAGAAAAGCCCAAAGUUAAGCAUUGACUCUGCCCAAGGAGUGGUUUAUUUAUUUUCGUUAUGCAAUAAUAUCCCUUUAAUAAGGUUAAAUAAAGUUUUGCAUUUAUAACAAGAACAUAAAUUAGAUUUUUCAAUUAUUAUUUUUUAUGGUUAAUGUAGAUAUGAAGAAAACAUUGAUGUUAUGAAAAGUAAAAUUGUAAAUCUUCCUAAACCCAAUCAUAUUUUCAAUUAAAUGCAGUAUAUAUAGCAAGAGUUGACUAAUAGGUGAAAGGGUAGUAGACGUCCGGUUAGCUCAAUAGGUAGAGCGUUUGACUGUGAAUCGAGCGACCCUGGUUCGAUUCCCGGACGGCGAGGACACUUGCGUUGUGAUUGAUCAUGAAAUCCCUUUAACGGCCAUUCGCACUGUACCUCUAAUAUGGUAUGUAUAGAAGUUUCAGUUUCUUUAGAAACUGAAGGCAACUUGUACUGGUAAACUGGUUGACAGCCUGCUCAGGAACGAUGCGGUGAUUGAACCGUGCUUUUGUGAAUUCAAUGUGGCUUGCUGCUGUGAUCAGGAGUCUCAAGCUACCAACACUCACACACACGCACACGCACACGCACCAACACACACACACACACACACACACACACACACACACACACACACACACACACACACACACAUAGAUGAUGUGACACACUGGAUAGUUUAUAUGAUGGUUGUAGUUGUGAAUACUAAAAGGUGCAAUUAUUCGUUAUAAUUACUGUAAAUGCAAUAUAAACUGUCGUGCCGUAUGUUAAGACCCUGUUACACAAUAUUGUUAUGGUUUUAUAUCAUAGCUCUGAUGCUCUUGGAACUCUACAUUUUUUUUUUCAAAUUAAGCCGUCAUGUUUUAAUAUUUAUCAAUAUUGUAGUUCCAAAAAGCAUUAUUUGUAAUUAGACAUUUAUUUUUAAUAAAGUCUGAGUCAUUUUUUCAAUAAAAAUGAAUGCAUAUAUUUUAAUAAUGACAUAUAAUGUGUACAAAUAUUUGAAAUACAUAUUUUACAUAUUCUUCGACUUUUGAAAAUUGGUCGAUGAUUUCUAGGUAAAGUUCGAAUAUGGAUCACCUUGGGUAAAACACUUGUCCACACAGCCUUAAUAUUGGAAAACCUUGUUUACACUCUAGGGGCUUCUGUUCCAGAUAAAAUAUCCUUGAAAUUUGUCAGAAUGGUUGUUAUGAUGAUUUUAAGCCAGGUCAAGUUUGAAUACGGGUCACUUGUGUUCAGAAACUAGGUCACACAGCCUUUAUAUAGGAAACCCUUGUUUACACCUUAGAGGCUACUUUUGUAAUCCAAAUUACCUGACAAUUAGUCAAAAAGGUUGUUUUGGUGAUUAAUAGGUCAGGAUUAAAUAUGGGUUAUGUGUGGUCAAAAACAAGGUCACACAGCCCAAAUAAUACGAGACUGAACUUUCAAAAUCAGCUGAGCGAUAUAAAUGUCAUCAUGACCCUCUUGUUUAAAUUAGUUUGAUAUUUGUCUGUCAAAACUAUUAAUAAUACUUUUAAAUGUAACUCCUUGAAGAUACUGUUUUCUUUUCCAUUUCUAUUCGAUUAAUCGUCAUUUAAAGAUAAUAUUAAUCAGCUUUAACGAAAUGCUAAUGUUAAAGGAAAUUGAAUGCACGUGUCAAUAAAAAUUAAAUAUGUGUGUAACAUCAAUUUUUAAACUACACAGUACAAGUAUUGCAUUGAUGUUAUAUAAUAACUAUGUCAAGUCAAACAGCAACAACAUUUCUGUUUAUUUUUCAUAUUAUUAUUCAAAUGGUAUGCAUAAAUUUGUUUAAACGAUUUAAAUUUUCAUUUUAACGUCAGUUGAAGGUAACCUCUCUAUGACUGAAAAAAAGGUACCCGAGAAAAAGUGCGUCGUUGGUUCUUCAAUACCGAAAAUGAAUUGGUGUGAUAGGACAUUUGACUGCUUAGACUUGACGGAUGAAUUGUCAUGUCAGAACAAAAUUAAAGAUCACAACCUCACGAUUAUUGGCAAACCAAUGGAGCAAUCAUAUUUACCUAAACGACUUAUUCGCGAGGCAUAUUUCACCUGUGAACAUAGCAAAGAGUGGAUAUCUACCUUAGCUAAAUGUGAUAACGUCAUAGAUUGUCUCGAUGCUUCAGAUGAAGUCAAUUGUUCUCACUAUAAAAUUGGAUGUGAUGACAACGAAUUCUCUUGUGAUGGUGGACAUUGUAUUAAAUUAAGUCACGUGUGCGAUUUUAUAUCUGACUGUGCGGACGGUACAGAUGAAAUAUGUGAAUACCAAAAGUGUGAUAAAAAUGAAUUUCCUUGUGAUAGUAAACAGUGCAUUCCAUCAGAAAAACACUGUAAUGCUAUACCUGACUGUUUGGAUAAUAGCGAUGAAAAUAACUGCGAGUCCUGCAGAAAUUCAUUUCUUUGUUCUGGUGAUUACAAAUGCAUUCCUCUUCGUCUGAUAUGUGAUCGAUACCCUGACUGUACGGACAGCAGUGAUGAAUUAAAUUGCUAUCUGACAAUUCCAACAUCUGCUGAUUUUAGCGAUGAAUAUCUUUCUCUGACACAUUGGAAAGUUUGGGGUAUCAGUUUUGACUUUAAACCAAUAGGAAAGGAAUCGCAAAGAAAAAUUAGUUCAUUUCAUUCUCCAUCUGAGAUGGAUGGCUUUCAGAAGAACGGUUAUUCAUGUUUUUUUCGGGAAAAAACGUAUUGUCAACUUAAAUAUCGUGAAGCAGCUGUUGUUGACAAUUUUAAUGAUAACUUUGCAUAUCCGUUUUGUAACUGCACAGAAGAAAAAUCCGGAUUUAUUGAGGGGACAAUAUGCGAUGGAACUGAAAUUGACUGGAACAUAAGCCCAUAUUUAGCACAAAACGUUGAUACCAAUACCAUUUACGACUUUAAACGGAAUUUGCAAUUGCGUCAUUUCAAGACAAGACCCUUAAUGAUGUCCACAAUCUGA